AUGCGCGUGCGCGACCCGGCCCGGCUGAUCGCUUCGCGUGCUCGACUCCUGUUGCGCAUGCUCAGCGCGCUGCCCAGCUGGGGACCCGCGCAUCUGCAGCGCCCGCUGCUCGGCCCUGCAUCCCGCCUGGGCAUCCUGCGCCCGGCCAUGACGGCGCACUCAUUCGCUCUCCCGGUCAUCAUCUUCACCACGUUCUGGGGCCUCGUCGGCAUCGCCGGGCCCUGGUUCGUGCCGAAGGGACCCAACCGCGGAGUGAUCAUCACCAUGCUGGUCGCCACCGCCGUCUGCUGUUACCUCUUCUGGCUCAUCGCCAUCCUGGCGCAGCUGAACCCCCUGUUCGGGCCCCAGCUGAAGAAUGAGACCAUCUGGUACGUGCGCUUCCUGUGGGAGUGACCUGCCGCCCCCGACCCAGGUGCCCAGCUCUCGGAAUGACUGUGGCCCCACUGUCCCUGACAACCCCUUCGUCCGGACCCUCCCCCACACAACUAUGUCUGGUCACCAGCUCCCUCCUGCUGGCACCCAGAGACCCGGACCCGCAGGGCCUGCCUGGUUCCUGGAAGUCUUCCCAGUCUUCCCAGCCAGCCCGGGCCCUGGGGAGCCCUGGGCACAGCAGCGGCCGAGGGGAUGUCCUGCUCCAAUACCCGCACUGCUCUGGCGUUUGCCCUCUUUCCCAAGGAGAUGCUGCUGGGGAGCUGGUAUGGGUGGGGUCUUUCCCUUUACAGACGGGGCAGAUGCCAGGACUCAGCCCAUCCUGAGGAGGACACGUGUCCUCAUGGAGAGGGUGCUCCGGCCCAGGCGGGGGAGUCGGUGCCCAGUCAGCAGCUCUGCCACCAUCCUGCUGGGAACUGGGGGGCCUCUACUGGGUUAUAGGCAAGGCCUUUUCUCUGGCAUGGAAUUGUUAAUUUUCUGACACGUCUAGAUGUGAAAUUUCUGAAAAUGUUGAAGCAGAGAAACAUUCACACACAAAAAGCAACAUAGUCAUGUGGGUCCAGAUGGCCUCAGUCCUAGAUGUUGGCACCCUUUCCUGUGUCUCCUCAGAGUAUCCUGUUCUGCCUCCUGCCACCUGGACCUCCCUCAGUGGAUGUCUUCCCUCUCCUGACCCCAGCCUGUCAGUCCGAGCACAGUGCAGGUUUGGCUCUGACUUGGGCCUUUGGCUGCAGUGGGGGUGGAUUUCAGAGCCUCUCAUGGCAGCAUCUAAGUGACCAGAGCUGGGAUGAGAGAGGGGAAGGGGCAAUGUGAGUGGCGCUAUGGGACGGGCCAGCCCUGCUCCUGAGCCAGCCCUGCCCUCUGCCCCCUGGCCCUGGGCUCUGUGCUAGGGAUGGUGAAGAACGGGGGUGUGCCAGCCUGGCAGGAGUGGGAAGCAACACGCAGGGGUCCUGGACCUCUCCAGCCUUGCCCUCAUGCUUACCCGAGCUCCCAGUGUGGUUAGCACAGAGCUCACCCACCUUGCCUGGCUCCCAGCUGGGGCCUGUCCUCACUGGUGCUCCAGGGGAAGAAACGACAGCCUCACUUCUGUAUGGACUGCUGAUGUGGCCUGCCAUCCUGUUCAGCGGGCAUUGUCUUUGGAGCAGCAGGAGAAUAGGAUGCCUCUCACUCACAUGCCAGUUCCUGGCUGGCCAGCUGCUCAGGGCUCAGGCUGGGGUCUCCCAUUGACAUCCUCCCCCUACACUCCCUCUCUGAGCCUCCGUCGCCCCUCCUGUUGGGUAAGGGUGUUGAGUGUGACUUGUGCUGAAAACCUGGUUCAUAUAUAAUAAAUAAUGGUGAUGAAAA